UCAUAAUGUACGAUACUUUCAAUCAAUAACAGUACUCGUACUCGAGAUUUCUGUAUUACACUGUAUCUGCCUCGAAUGUAUAUCACAUCCUACUUCCUCCGUACGGCGACAAUAACAACACCACCACCACCACCACCACCAUCAUGCCCGUCGAUGAAACAGUCCUCGAUCCUCCCGUCACGCCCGCGCCGGUUUUCGCCUACCGCGCAUUGAGGGGUGUGUUCUUUGGAUCUCCAGAUUCCUCGCCCGAGCAUGUUCACAACAAUGACAACAAAGAGAACUUGACGCCGGUACUCUCGCCGUCACCCUCGAAGCGGAAACUCGUCCUGGACGGCGCAGGAAGUGACGCGCUGCACUUGACACCAUCCACCAAGCGGGCCAAGAGGGACGGCGGCGGCGCGAUACUAUCGCCUACGAAGGGGAUACUGAGGACGCCAGGCCUAGCGACCCCGAGGGCGAAAGCAUUGAGAGAUGUCAAUGUCAAGUUCAAGAGUGUUAGUCCGGAGGAGGUUUCGCAACGUCGCAACAACAACAGAUUAAAAACUGAAGCUCCUCGGCAAGUCGGCGCCGAAAAGGAAGACAAACAGGCGGCAUCGGUGAAGGACAAGAAGACGACAAUUCCAAAGUACGAAGGUGUGUCUACGGGCACGAAAAGUGCCGCAGGAAACGACCAAGCGACGGCCGUGUCCGCAUUCACCCCCUGCGCGAUCGAAGCGUACAUCGCACAGACGGAGAAGGAGAUGAAGAAACUCGUCAAGUACGGGCAGAAGAUGAGGGAGUAUGCGCGCAAGAAAGACGCCGAAAACCUAGAGUUGAAAGGCAUGAUCGAGGUAUUGAAGGGAGAGAAUGAAAGGUUGAGGACUGCGCAGGUGGGAACGAGUCAAACGCAGACGGAAAGCAAACAAAUACAUGGAUUCGAGUCCGACACAAAUGGACAUGGAGGUCAAAACGUCGAAGAGGUCACAGAUAAGGGAGACUACGGGUACGUGCGAGAGGAAGUCGGUCGCGUCGAGGCCAGAAGCCAGAGUUGGCGCUCACCCAGUCAGAGUCUUGCGCAUCGAAGGAAAGACGAGACGUCGCGAACGAUUGCGGCUACAAGCACGAAAUCGCAAACCACAGCACCUGAAUUAUCCAGGACGAAAAGACAUCAAGGCCUGGAUCCGCCGACACUGUCCAACAGAUCUCGAAAGCCGUCAGUUUUACUGCCCGACCCGAUAAAGAUGGAAAUGGUCAGUGAAGACCGAGCACUACCUCUGAGGUCUACUUUUGGUUCUGUCGCGAUCAGAGACACGAGCGGUACCUUUGACAGGGAAAUAGGUGCUACCGGUAGCACACGUCUCGCACCUGAUCGUCUCGCGGCGGCUCGUGAGCGAUUGAGACGACGCGCCGAGGCAAGAAAAGCAAGUGCUGUCGAGAUGCAUGCAACCUCAACAAGUGCUCACGGUCAUCAAAGAAAGCAUUCCAUCAGCCACGGGCAAAGAGAGGGCACCUUGAUCGAUAUCGACGAGACCGACGACGACGACGACGACAAAGGACCCGAAGGACUGAAACGUUUGACGGGUUCAGGUCCUCGACGUGAAAGUCGUGAACAGAGUCUGGUGGAUUGGGUCAAUUUGUGA